AGCCUGCGUGGCUUUUAUUCCAGAUUGUCACGGCUACGCUGCGUGGGCCUUUUAGCGCCACGCAGCAUCGCGAGUGUGCACUUUGCGCUAAUUUUAUCCCUUGUUGCCGAGUGUCCUGCGUUUGCACGCUGCUGUUGCCACUGGAAAGCACAUAAACAAGGUGGCCCAUUUUUGCUCUCACUUCCGUGUGGGUAUGUCGAAGAUAAAAACUACACGUGUGUGUGUUGUCGUUGUGUGCCACUCAGGCGUGUGUUGUGAUUUUUGUGCGUGGACGCUCUCCGGUGACACUGACAGGAUAGUGCGGCAACACCCCGCUGCCCACACUGGAAGUAGCUCGAGUGGAAAUGUCAGCGAGCCUACGCAGCUGCCAUCUGGGUACACACUGUACGCCUGACAUACCAAGGAUACGCCAAUGUGUCGUAACACUCAGAAAAUAAGUAUUGGAAGGUACCUUCAUUGGUACCGCGGCUUGGCUAUGUGGAGUUAGUGGUUUCCAAACUAAGGUUCGGGAACCAAAACAGAUCUCAAUUAGUUUUUCGUUCGGGUCCAAGUCACAGGCUAUUCUGACGGUAUGACAACCUCAAAGUGCGUAUGACACCAAAAAGCAUGUUCAUUUCAUGUUUCACGUGGUGUUUUAUGCUCCUGAAUGAAAUGGACCGCUUGGAUGCGUGUGGAAGUGAUCGUUUUAGAUAUUCAAUUUUUUAAUUCCGUGCCAUAAAAAUGAGUUACUUCCGGCUUCAGUCUCAGGUUUAGGACGGAUGUGAAUGUGACGCCACCCGGGUCAGCAUCUCACAAUACAGCAUCGCUUUACAGCAUGCAGAUGGACUGCGGAUUAAGCAUGAUUUCGCGGAUUAAUUUGUAUAUUUUUCGCAUCACCCCAGCCAAACGGCUGCAGAAAAUUGUUGCUGAACCAGGGAGAUGCGUGUGAGCCUUUUUGGGUUUCAAAAGGUUCCCAUUCACCGCGGAUAUUGGCCAAAACAAGCCCUACUACUGUGCGACUAUUGGACUUACGAGGAAGUGAGUAAACCUUGUGUUUUGUAUUGUGUCAAAUUAGAGCCGGGCGGUGUACCGAAAAUUUACUGUUACCGAAAUUCUUCACGAUGACCGACGUAAUUUUUACCACAUCGGUAAAUUUGGUAAUUUAACAAAACAAGAAAACAGUCUUUUCAUCCCGCAAUGACUCUGUGUUGUUCGGCUAUGUUCAAUCUGCUCAAUUUACCGUGAUACGUACUUAAGGCCAUAUCGCCCAGCCCUAUGUCAAAUACUGGGAUCAUGGCACACGUUUUAAUACGGAGGUGGCUUGCAUUUUGUGGCUGAUUGUCCACCGAGAAUGCCACUCGGCCGACGACUGGCGACUUGUUUGCACACCCCCCUCUAUACUCUGCUUAUUGCAGUCUUCGUGUGCCCGGUGUUCUGUCAAAUUUUCAACCCCAUCAGAAAUGGCAACUUUGUGUUAAAAAUGGCAGCGAAAACAGUGAUAACAAACUUAAAGGACUAUUACGUUGGAUCAUGGACGGACAUGUAGAAAAGUUGCCUGCACGCCGCUCCAUCACUGUUUGCGUCUUCGCCGAGUAGUAAAGCAUUAUUUUACGCCAUAUUCGUGUUGACCAUGUGGCAGCUAUGCGCUCCUCCGACGUCGGCCGGUUUGUCUGGCGGUACUCUCCAGCUGCUUCCCCGGCGAGCUCUCCUGUCCGCAGCAGGGGAACGAGCUGUAACUUGCUCGCCGCUGGGUGGGUUGCUGAUUGGGGAAGUCAAUCGACGACCCCGCCGCCGUGUGAAAUAAUCUGGCCUAGUUUUGUGUGAUUUUUUUUUUUGGCUUCAAAAAGCGAAAAUAAGACUUUCAGAUGUCACUCAGUUCGGGUUUGCAUGUUGGCUAGCUUUCACGCCUCUUGGUUUGCUUACAUUCUCCGAAGCCGGGGCAGGGAAAUUACAAAAGCUGACUAACUACGGUGGCAUGAAAUAUCGUUCGGGAGGUGUGACAGUAAAGGUGAAGUCGACAGUUUUGACCGUUAUAGAGUAAUUUUGCCAUGUCGAACUGAAUAAGUGCAUUUUAUUAUUUCAUAUUCCAUUUAGCACAAGACUGUUAUUCGUCAUGACCAUACCAUUUAUUUAGCAAUUGGGGAAAAAUACUUGGAUAAAAAGAAUAUCCUUUAAAAAUAUUGGAGUAGAGAGACUGAAACAAUGACCUUUUGCGGCUCUCUUCGCCGCAAUUUCCUCGUUCUGAAUAAUUCCCCCUUAAUGGGCUGAUUUCUAAAUUAGCUGGAACCAUGACCCUGCCGACGUCAUUCUCCUGUUGGGGAUGCUAGAGCCCUGCGCUUUCCAAAUUGUUGUAUAUAGUUGAAUCGUCUCAAAAUAUGGUUCUAAUUUACAUAAUAAUGCUAUUUAAGACUUUUUUUUUUUUAUCCUGUCGUACGCACUUUAAGCCAAAAUAUCACGGUUUCACGGUAUUGCAAUUACAGCUCUAAAAUGUUUACUACUUUGAGAUAUCUGGGGUUUGAAAAAAAAACUUUUUUUUCCAUUGAAAAUGAUUUUUAAUUUUUAAAACAUAUUAGCAAAUUGUAACAUAAGUAUAAUAUUAAAUUUAAAAAAUCAAAAUGAAAUUAAAAUAAAUGCAGUCCUUUAGGUGAGCCUAAACCCACAGCCACAGCUCAACAUUAUUACCAUCAGAACAAAAAUAAUUGAAUUAUUUUCCAUAAAAAGCACGUGUGUAUGACUCGUAUCAUGUUUACAUUAUACACACACUCUUUCUCAACACAGACAGUUGCCAGAGAGAAAAAAAAUCCACAUGUUCCACCAUCGCUAGACACAUUAAACACGUUGGAGUUAACUCUUGUAGUUGGUGGGAAAAGUUCGUAACAGUGUUUACGAACAUUUAAUUUUGUAUAAAUGCGAAAUCAUAUUGGAGUUAUUGCCUCCUCGGUAGCCACCCUUUGCAAACAUGUUUUACAUGUUGGUUGGCCUUCCUCCUCUAAGCUGCGGCCGUCUAACUUUUCUUUAGCCGAAGUAUUCCUGUACCAGCGAUUUCGUUUUCUUCGAUGAGGAAAAAAGUUCAGGAGUUUCACCUUCUCCAGCCAUUGUGUAGCACAGCUGACUCACUGACACUGAGCAGCAAACGGCGGGGAAGGGUUGAGCUUUGCAGCUGCAAGCGAGGGAUUUCUCCAUGCAUUUUUGGGACAUGAAAAAUUGCUAAUACAGUAGGGAUGAUAUGACGAAAAAUUUGAAACCUUGAAGUUUUCAUACCACGGUAUACCUUGAAACUGGUAAUCAGCACAUGUCUAGUCCAAGAGUAUUGAUGCCGAUAGGAAUGUGACUUGAACCAAAAUCAAAAUUCUUGGCCAAAAACGAACAUUGGAAACACUUGGCCAAAAAAAACCAAAGGCCCAAUAAUACACAUGUGUACAAUAACUUUUUUCUUUCCUUUUUGUUUUUUUGUUUUAAAUAUAAUUUUAUUUCAUUAUUUUCCGAUGAAUGCCCUUUGCCUUGGCCUUUUAUUUAUCUAUUUAUUUAUUUAUUUUGCAUGGUCAGGCGGAAAGACAAUAUUGUCCCUUCUUACAAGAAAUUUUGUUUGAAAGGUGCCGAUUCUGAAACACAUUGGGAGGGCGCAAUGAGCAUUUUGUGGCAAACUCUGAAUGCGUCCUAUAGCAGAGGUGCCGCUGUCGUUGUAGUAUUCUGUUCAGUUCAGUGGAUGUCACGGCCAAUGAAACCUUGGUAAAUGCGCUUUCUUGGAAGUUUGGGACACUCGAAAAAUGGGUCUCAUGCCUCCAGUUGCUAGGCUAAAUAAAAUCUCGAUGUACAUUUGUGUGGAACUGCAGUUCACAACAACAACAAAAAACUAUUUCGUUCUCGCUGAAACUAGUAAAGCUCUUUACAAGGCUAUUACAGUCUCUUGUACUCCCUAAAAUAAGAUUAGCUGUUUUCUUGUGCAACGAGUGGAAUCGAUCGAGAGCCAGGCGAGUGGGCCGACUCCUAGCGGCGACGAAGCAGAGCUAAGUCGCUCCCAGCCGGAUUAAACGGCGACUUGCAGAACAACUUUAGAACGACCAUGUUGAAGCAAUGAAGCAAGUUUGUUUUCCUUCAUUUAAUAAUUUAUUUAUUUAUUUGAUACCUCAAAAUAUUUCCAAACCGCUGACAUAUUGGCUGCAAGCCAGUAGUGUUGCUUUUCGCCAUGUUUUGAUUGCAUCAUCACUUGAGUACUACAGUUCUUCACACUAUUCGGUGGUAAACUUUUCAUCUCUUAACCGAAAAUACAGUUUUAGCUAUUUUCAAAAGUUUUCGGUGCUGAAUUUUUAGUCACAUCUUUAAUAAACACCAUUUUAAAGGCUUAAAAUUAAAUCUUGAAAUACAGUUUUAAGAAACAAAAAGUACGGUAUAUAAUGCUACUAAGUGUAAUGGCAAUGUUCAUGUUUCUAUCCUGUCAUAUCGAACAUUGCGCUUUCAGACGUAUCGCCAGACAUGGUUAAAAUAUUUAUUCUUUUUUAUAAUUUCUUUUGUAGCAUUGUUUUAGCCUGGCAAGAAAAGCUUGGCUUCAUGCCAGGCUUAUAAAACACAGGGGAAAACCCUGGACUCUAAUCAGGACAGAAUCAAAAGCAAAAAAGGUAGUAAUUUCCAUUAUAUUAAACAUAGAAUUAAACACCAUAUACAAUUUAAAUGAAUGUUAAAAAGCUUUCUACUACAUAUUUUAUCAACCACAGAUUAGUUCAAUAAUACGUCAAAAAGACAUUGAUGAUAUCUGCCAUUUCUCAGUCAAGACACCCUACAAAAACUUGUCACGCAAUUCAACACUCAACAUGUAUACAAAACAAAAAAACAUUUUUAUUGUCAUAUAAAUUUGAAUAUAAUUACUAGAGGCGUGCAAAAUUUCCGAUUCUUAGAUUAUUCGCGUUUCGGCCGUGGAAGAUUCGAGAACGAUUCCAAAUAUCCAAAUUCCGAUUAUUGAAUUAUACCAGGUAAAGCGGAAGUAAAACACAGUCAGCACGGUCUUUGGGACGCAAUGAGGAACGGACCGAGAGUAAAUAUCAUGUUAACUCAUGCCGCCAGAUAAAAAAAAAAAAAACAAUCAUACCUGACUGCGGCUGAAAGCCGCUACAAAGAACGCCCAGUUGCUAGCAAACAUACGGCUACAGUAGAUAUCAUAUAUAUGUAGAACUAGAUGCAAAAUAGAUGACAUCAGUGUUAGACCAUGUAUUAUUGAACAGACAUGCGAAAUGACAGACUUUCCGGCGUAAGUAAACAUCCGCCAUCUUAAAGCAGUAGACCGCUCUAGAAGGCUCUGUUGUAGCGAACCUAAUUAACUUUUUAUCUAAAAUACUCCUAAAUCGGCAGAAUCUUGUCUUGAAUCUAUGUUUAAAUGAUGAAAUAGUGUUAAAACUUUGACAAAAAUAGAAGGGAAAUUAUGGAAUAACGGGAGCAAUUUUAACAACUGUAACAGUAGAUUCACAACAUUAAUUGAAUGUAGUUUUAAACUGCUGAUAGAGAAUGGGGACUGGAGUUUUUUUUUAUUUACUGUUAUAUUUGUAUAUUUGUUUACUGUUAUAUGUUAACUUGAUACUGAAAUAGUAGUUUGGUUUAGCCUGAGAGGAUUUUUGAACAAUUUUGGAACUAAUGUACAAAACAUUUAAAAAAAAAAAAAAAAAAAAAAAAAAGGAGGGGGGUGCAUCAAUAAUCGUUUUAUAAUCGAAUCGGAGCCUCUGAAUCGUAAUCGAAUCGUUAGGUGCCCAAAGAUUCCCAGCUCUAAUAAUCACACUCACUCAAGUGGUCAAUACUGUAUUUAUGUCUUUGAAACAUUGCUUCAAUGGUACGACACCAACACCACUUAACCAAUCUGACUAAAGAAGUGCUCCCUUGUAGUAAAACUGACCUGACUUACGAGUUUUUCCAAGACAUUAGAUGUCAUUUGUCUGAUUUUUGUUUUAGAGUGACCACAAUCUUAAGAUACAAGCACCAGAUUUUGACACUAAACAGUUACACAACAAGUAGCAGUUUAGCAGAUAGUGAGCAAUUCUUCCAAAAAAAUGAAGAGAUGAACCUUUAGUUAAGUUUACAGACAGACUAAACAAAAAAGAUUAUAUAGAGGACAGAGUCAUAGAAUUUUAAUCAACUGAUAGAUAGAGAUUAGAGAUAGAAAGAUUUGUUUAAAACUGAGGUUUUGGAGUUUGGAUACAGAAUAACAUUCAUAUCUCAUGCCACAGCCCCAAUUCUGUGUUUUUUCUCCCAUUCACGAUGCCACUCCUCAAUAGUGGCACUACAGAGCGAAAAAAUCAAAAUUGUGUCCAUAGGGGUCAUUAAGAGUGCUCUAUGGUUUGGUGGUUACAUUAAUGUAGAUUUAGAGUACCAUUGACCUUCUGGUUAUGAGAAAAGUACAUUUGAAACCAAUAAUUAACCACUGGGGGGACAGUAACGUAGCUAAUGUUGCUUGUCACUGGGUUAGUCCCUGAAAGGUUCUGCUUUUGUACACUUGACUUUUACAACUAUGGGAAAAUACCUACAUCUUUUAAACGUUAGAGACAGUGCAAACUGUUACCAACCGAAGCACAUAGCAUAAGAAAUAAGCUGAUAAAAAAAGAUUUUGAUCUGGCAUCUGUGUGGCCAACUGUGGCUGCUGCUGACUGACGGUAGGACCCUGGAAGGACCCUACAGCAGCUUGAAGGCAGGCAGCUAUGGAAACCUGCAGGCUUGCCUGUUUUGUAAAUAUUGUAAGAAUGUUUUUUUUUUUAUCUUGCAUGAAAGAAUAUGCAAUGUUGUUUUAGCCUUUAAAGGUGUCUACUGCGUGAUCCUUACACUCUUAAUGUAACUCGUAGCAUUAGCGUAGCAUUUGCCUUACCAUUAGCUUUAGCAUGGCAAGCGUUAGAGGUGGGAAUCUUGGGGCACCGAACGAUUCAAUUACAAUUACGAUCCAGAGGCUACGAUUCGAUUAUAAAUCGAUUAUUGAUGCCCCCCCCGCUAUUAGCUGCUUUUAAUGUUUCGUACAUUCGUUACAAAAAUUGUACAAAAAUCCCCUCAUGCUUAAAUAAACCACUAUUUCAGUAUCAAGUUAACAACAGUUCAAAACAUGAAAUAAAAUACUCAAGUUUAGUUCCGCGUUAUUUGGCAUAUUUCAAUAAUCGGAAAAGGUUUGGAUGCAGCCAGGAUGUUUGUGAAUCGUUCGCGAAUCUUCCACGGCCAAAUCGAAUAAUCUAAGAAUCAGAAAUUUCGCACACCUCUUGCGAGCAUCCUCUGAAACUCUCACUUGUUUAGAUCUCGUCGUGACAUCCUGGUGUGUUUAAUUAUUUGAAAUAAUGUGUCAUGUCUCGGCAGUCUUGUUAAUGUUUUGUGUUGGAUCAUGUCAGAUUUCUUUUAUUUUGGUAGUGGCGUGCCUCAUUUGAGUUAACUUUACUUCCUGCGCUUGCCAAUCAGGUUGAUUCUGUCCACCUGGGAUCCUCUGUAUAAAUAGCCUGCUUGUAACCUUGCCCAGUGUCGGUUUGUCUGCUAUCCUGCCACGUCCUACGCCACGUCCUUGUGUAAGCCCCUUUUUGAGAACGAUUCAUGUUUUUGAACCAAUGCCUUUUUUGUUUCUAGUGAAAUCUACUCAGUUGAUUGAUGUUCAGCUGUUGCUGUGAAUUUUUGUUGAUUAAUGUCCAGCCAUUGCUGUGAAUUUUUGUUAACUUCCUUUUUUUUUUAACUUUAUGAACUGGAAAAUAAAUCUUUGUUUGGAUUGAACUGUCGAGCAUUUGGGUCCUUUAGUGCAUCCUUGUCAUAAUGUUGUUGCUGAGUGUAUCUAAUCAUAAAAAGAGAGGCUGCAUUUGUUGGUUUGGUAGCACUAGACCAAUUUAAUCCUUUAACUCUCAUAUCAUCAUUGUAAAUAUAAAAACUGUUGAAGAUUUUUUUUAAUUGCCUUUCACAAUCUACAUACCGGUACUUAAAAAAAAAAAAAAAAAAAAACGGCAACCGGCUGAAUAUUUUUUUGAUAUAUCGAUAUUGGCAUCGGCAUUUGAAAAUUCCAUAUCAGUAGACCUCUCAUAAUGAUACAGUACAUUAAAGCCCAUAUUUAUAUUGAAUUUCAAACCUCCAUACCCUGGUUGGACAACUUCUUAAAUAAAAGUAAGGAAAACAAUGGCCUGUGUGGCAUGCUUAAAAUAUUGCAAACAAUUUGUGGUUUGCUGUUCUAUGCAACACCUGCUUAAAAUAUGACAAAACCACAUAUAAUUGUAUGUUAUCGAAAGAGACCACAAAGUCAUUAAUUGCACUAACAGGGUGCCAAAUUGACAGCAACCAAAAGAGGAAUAAUUUAAAUGUAUACAACCACAAAUCAUAUCACUUCAUCUCUUACAUCAUGCUGUACAAAAUAAACACUUUAAAGAGGUAUGUAACACAAGUGUGAUAAUUGGGACAACCGCAAAGCAUGCAAGGAAACGCCUCCUCCUCAGAUUCCAUAAAAUGCCGUAAUCGUUUUCAUGGUGCGAUGUUAAACUUCGAUGACACACAAACUACAAAUCCCAUAAAGCACCUUACCAGUUGCCUUACUGAACGAUCGGCUACCUGUGAUCAUUCUGUAUCUCUGGCUAUAUUUGGCUCAAAGUAUGUAUAAUUUUGGGUAGCAAAAAGUUGCUCAUUGCCCCUAGCUAUAAAUUCUUCAUGUAUGCAAGAAUGUCAGAUUUUUGUAACAAUACCUGUAUGUCACAACCAGUGUUUAAUUGGACCAGGGUUUAAGUAGGGAAAAGUAGUACUAAUUGGUUUAUUUUUGUUUUAUUUGGUUAGGUCCCCAUAUAUAUUUAGGCACAAUUACUAAUUGGAAUGCCAAGGAAUCCUAAAAUUAGCCACAUGCGGUAUAGAGAUGCACUUGUCACCGUUUUUCUGUUUUUCAUGUGCAUGUGUUGGUGAGGCGCCUAAGGCUUUUUAACACAGCAUCCUGACAUCCAGCUGAGCUCUCGCGCCGGUGCUGUUGUCAGGCAGAUGCUCGCCGUUAUUGAUGAUUAUAACGCCGCCACCGCCAUUGGAUGCCGGAAAGACGUCGGGGGGCCAUUAUCAUGAUUUAAUCGUCGCCUCGUCGCUGCCGAGGAGCCCAAGCUCACUCUGUGUGUCAGGUCCACCCAUCAUCCUGUCACAGGAAAUAGCUGCCGGUCCAAUGUUAGGAUAAUUUAAAGUUAUGUUUGGGCGGAAUAGUCUGAAGUGUAUGAAAUACCGGUAAUACGCAUGCAGAAUGGACUUCACUUAAGUUUGAGGACUUGCUGUGCUUUUGAAUAAGAGUGUAAUAUGAACAGUAAGUGUGGUCUGCUAUUUCUGAAUUCACCUGCGGUGAAGCACCAGCAAUUUACUCCUUCCACAUUUUCAAAACAUUUAAACUGAUUAACACACCUAUUAAAAUAAACCCCAUAACCACAUGUUUUACUUUUGAACAUCAAUCAAUCAACCAACCAACCAACCCAACCAACCAACCAUAUUUGUAAAGCACAUUUAAAAAAUCCGCCAAAUAGACCAAAGUGCUUUACAUACCAUAAAACAGCUAAAUAAGUUAACUUUCAAAGAUAAAACAAACACAAAAAUAAAAUAAACAGUCAUUGCACAUUAAAAGCUGAAGAAAAAUAAAAUGUUUUAAGGCGUGAUUUAAAAUCCGUAAGUGAAGGGGCCUGUCUAAUAGUAAUUGGUAAUUGGUUCCACAGCCUGGGCGCCAUCACUGCAAAUGCACGGUCACCCCUAAGCUUCAGCCUUGAUCUUGGGACUUCUAGAAGCAGGUGGUCAGCUGAUCUGAGGGUUCUGGUUGGACUGUAAGGCUGAAGGAGUUCUGACAGAUAUGGCGGUGCAAAAUUAUUCAAACAUUUAAAAACAAAUAAUAUCUUAAAUUGUAUUCGGUAAUGUACUGGGAAUGAAUAAACUAAGUGAAAGCAUUAAGUGUCUAUUAAAACUGCACAUAUUGUAGUGUUUGUGAUUAUGCACAAACAAAGCAAGGAAGAUAUUGCAAGGAAGUUUCAAACCUAUACCGCGAUUGAAUUUUUCACAACUCUGUAUCUUUGUACUGUAUUUGUGUAAGAAAAUUUUAAAUGGUACCAAACAUUUUGGUGCUCAGUUUGCACGGCUUUAGCCAUAAUUAUUAGGGGUGUUUAAAAAAAUGAUUCUGAGAUACAGUGUAUCACAAAAGUGAGUACACGCCUCGCAUUUCUGCAGAUAUUUAUAUCUUUUCAUGGGACAACACUGACAAAAUGACACUUUGACACAAUGAAAAGUAGUGUGUGCAUCUUAUAUAAAAGAGUUAAUUUAUUUUCCCCUCAAAAUAAGUCAAAAUAUAGCCAUUAGUCUAGUGGUUGCUCAGAUUAGUCCUUUUAUAAGUCUGAAAUUUGGGCUGAUUUUGGCUUAGACUGCAAAAACAGGGAUGAAGUAUUUAGAAUCCUGCAUUGAAGCAGGUUUGCACUAAAAAGAGAACAUGUUAUUAUUAAAGCAUAUGCUGUUCAAACAUAAAAACAUUUUUACUUGAGUGCUGGAUCAGGUUUCAUGAAUAAAUUGAUAUAAAUGUACUUUCAUGCAAAUGCGGAGAUUGAGGAGAGGUAGGUGGGGCACUGCUCCAUGGCCAAAAAAUGUAAUUGCACAUACGUGACUUUCCUCUAUAUAUGAAUUUAAAAUAAGGACAUGGCUGGUAAAAUGUUGUUCUUUAAAGUUUUAAAGCAAUAAAACAAACAACAAAAUCCUACAAAGUUUUUCAUUAUUGCUCAACAUUUUUUUUUUUUUAACCGAUCAUGUGACUAGCACCUUAGAGACAGUCCUUUGCUUUACUGAGCCAAAACUACACCUGAGGAGGCAAGAUGGAGAUUUGGAAUUUUUCUUGUUUCAUGUUUUGCCCCUCCCUCCCACAAAUGUCAAAUUCCGCCUAUGCUUUUAUGUACAUUUUAAUUUGUUUUUUGUAAAGUGAUAUAUAAAUAUCGCAAUAAUCGUCUUCAAGUGUAGUAUGGGAUUAGGGUUGGGCAUUGAGCUUUAAUGGGAUCCGGGACUAACACACCGGUUCUCCCAGAACCAUUCAAACUUUUAAAUUUCGAUUCCAAGUUUCAAUGCCCUGACCACUGACAGGGAAAACAAAGCUGUCAAACACCACUAAGAAGAAAACACACGAAGCGUAUGUUUGUUCAUUGCAACUUGAUUUCAAUCGUAGUCACUGUGCGGCCGCGCUCAAAAGUUUGGCUCAACUUCAAAAAGAAAAAUGACCAGUCAGCUGAGUGCAGUAUUUGCAACACAGCUAUAUCAUGCAAAGGUGGCUGCACGACCAAUAUGAUUAAACCCCUCCGGCUUCAUGGAAUACAAGUGCGAGUAGUGCUUAGCUGAGUGCCACGUAUGUGAUGCGUUGCGCCGGGCCUCUAACCAGUUUGAACCAGGUAAGUAAAACAAUAUUUUACAUCUGUAUUCUGCUGCCCCCGCGACCCGACCCGAGAUUAAGGGGUAGAUGAUGGAUGGAUGGAUGAAUGAAAUAUUAUGAGAAUAAGUCGUAUCAUUACGUUAGGCUAAUGUAGCUAUAUAAGCAGCUACGUACUUUACGUAGCGCGUUGCUGCCUCAGUUAAAAUCAACAGUAUUAAAAGAUCAUCAAAUUGUAAUCAAUAGAAGAAUUUAUGCUAAUGCUAAUAUUUGCGACUUUCACAUAACAAUUGUACGACUAAUCCCGUAGUCCUCUUUUUUUAUUUUUUAAUUCUUUAGUUUGGCCGUAAUAUUCCAUCGUAUCAACAUGCAUCAUUAGUUUUUUUUGUUGUAAUUUUUUCAUGUGCUUCACUAGUGAUACGUGACAUUUAUUUAUCUACUUUGCUGUUAGCACCAGCCACCAGCUUUUGUGUGUUUAAGCUUCAACGUGUGUUCUCCACUGCAGGAGGCACUAUCUGUCCAGAACGCUCACGCUUACUACCUGAGAAGGCAGAUAUAAUCAUUUUCCUCAACGAAAACUUUCUGAUUUUGUUGGCACCAGGUUAGCCCAUUAGUGGGAGCUCAAUAUCAUGUAAAAAUGCCUGCAGCAUAAGACACUCUAAAACAGGGGUCCCCAACCUUUUUUGCACCACGGACCGGUGUUAUUUGGGUCUUUUUUUUCACGGACCAGUGUUCUGACAAAUUUUGCAUCCCAUCAAAAAUAUCAACGAUGUGGUUCUGCGCAUGCGCGUAUUUUUAACGAUAGCCGCAAAAUGGGCAAACGCAGCCAUUCCAAAGUAAACACUACAAACUUUCUUGAAAGAAAAGAAUAUUAACUUAUGUUUGAUCAUGGAAGGACUUGUAGAAAAGUUCUCCUCAGAUACAUCCUGCCAUGUAAGCUGCACUCAACAACUGCACACCGCUCUCACCAUUAACGACUUCACCUUGUCGUCAAACAUUAAUUAAGAAGCCCGCUUCACAAAGAUACGAUGUUGGAAAUUGUAGCAAGGUUUUCAAAGCUCUUGUAGCGAUGUCAGGAUAUUCCAGAAUGACUUUAAUCCAGAACCUCGGCAGAGUUGUUGUCUCCAAUGUACAUUUAAUAAGCUCGCCGUCAUUUGCGAUCUCUACAAGUUGAUCUUCCUGUUGCACAGACAUGCUCGAAUCACUCGGUUCAUUCACAAACGGGUCACGAUUCCACUCCUUCGCCGUUCGUGGGUCUUCGAGGUUGUAGGCUCGUCAGGUGCCCUUUCUGCCAUAAAAAUAUCUCCAAAGACGUCUGUUUUCCAGUCAUCUUCGCUCGGGUGGGGGCUAAUUAUUUCCGGGAACAAAUGUGCUGCGCCUGCGGCCUAGCAAUACGUUAUUAUCGAGGACAAGCGCACAUAGAUAUAUUAUAUACACAAACAAGAUGUACUGCUAGCAGACCAAUCAAUGGAUUUCUAUGACGACAUUCUAAUCUAUCCUGUAGUAUUAUAUCUAGAUUAGACAGGGAUAUUGGUGUGUUAAGCAGGGGCACAGGGUUAAUUCAGCCAGAAUGCGGUCGUUAUUAAAUUAUUUCUAUGCGGCUCGGUAGCAAAUGUGCCACGGACCGGUACCGGUCCGCGGCCCAGCAGAUGGGGACCCCUGCUCUAAAACAUAGGCAAAAGAAUAUGUGUAAGUGUUUUCUCCAUGAGCUUUUGAAAAAUAAACAUCUUUGUGAAAGUGCACUCCUGUGGAAAGAAACUUCAUCAUUUUCAAGUUCAAAGACUGAUAUUUAUGUACAAGUUAAAAUCGCCAGAUAUGAGGCAAUACACACCCCUAAUAAAUAUAUAACAAAGCAUUUUACAUAAACAUGGGGACCAGGGUCAGUAGCUCAUUGGUGCCACUUUUCCCUAUUAGCAGUUGGCCAAGGUCUCCAUUCUACGCUAAUACUGUACCGCUCUAUGAAACAUAUGAGAAGGUCAUUGAUGAAGAUGUAUAACAGUUAGCUUUAUUCUAAUUUCAUAGCUGGGUUUGGCAGUGGAAAUACUUUCCAAAGGUCUUACGUAACGUCUCUUACUGGAACUGAUGUUGAUUUGAGCUCCUCUGUCUGAUUCGAGUUGAUGGUGCUAUGGGAUGUGUGUGUGUGGAGGUGGUGGGGGUAAAUAAAAACGUUUUCGUUACUCCUCUGAAGGCGCUGGAGUACGUAGAUGUCAUAAGAGACGCAAGAAUGCUUGGUUUGUUUUUUAUUGUGAAAUGAAUGUGUCCCUUAUAAUGAGUGUGUAGUUAUGAACGAUGGUUGAAGGCUUUACCAUUUACCAUGCAGGGGUCCAAAUUUAGGCUGAACCAAGAGUUUGUUUUGGUGGGGAGAAUGUUGUUUUAGGGUGUGUUACUAGCUGUAAUGUCACAUUAGACGUCCACUUACAAUGGGGUCAAUGAAAAGCUUGCUUGACUCAGAGGAAGCAAUGGGAGGAGAAGGAAUUUGCACUCCUUUCCAAAAAUAAGUUUCCCCCGUUUCCCGACGCGGUGUUACCAUGACUGAGGGAAAAGAGGAGGGGAGACGAGUACUGUGAAUGGAGGUGGAUGGAUUUAGGUAGAAAAAGAAGAAAAUAAUGAAGCGCAAGAGGGAAUAUGGUUGUGAUUAACAGGAAUAUAACAUUUGAGUUGACCAUUCAGCUGUGUGGUCUACUCAGAGCAACGGAGAGAGAGGGAGAGAAAAAGAGUAAGAGAGCGUGAGGGGAGGGGGCUAAUAGAGAAUGCAUGCAAAAGCUUACUGCCAAAAAUGAGAGGGGAGUUUUUCUGAGAGAAAAGAAAGUACAGCCCAGUGCCGGGAAGGGUAGAAGGAGUAGCUGAGAACAGAAGGCACAAAGAUGGCGGCGAGAGGGGUUAGUGCAGUGUAUAUUUUGGAUUUGAAUCAACGAGGUGUCUGAUGUUGCAGCGCACAAAAGUGAAAGUUUUCUGCUACUGCAUUCUGUCAGCUGAAGCCCAAAGGACAAGAUCAGUCUUUGCUAGAUGAACAAGCCCAACUGAGUUUUUUUUAUUUAUUUAUUUAUUUUCCAAACCAUUACCUCCAUCCACAGGAAAACUCAUUGAGUGGUAUUCUGGGAACUAUUCAGACUUUUUCUCCUUCCCCCUGACUUCUCUGAUGGACCAGAGAAUGAAGGGGGCCACCCCUCUAAUGACAGACUCAACUCUAGAUGCGUCUUCUGUAACUGAGGACUUUGAGCAGGAUCAAGAGAAAAGAAAGUGUGUCGAUACGGAGGAUCCGGACGUGGGAAAGAAGGAGGGCAGGCGAGCGAAGAAGAGGGAAGGGGACAAGGGGGCGGUGCUGGAGUUGCUCAUUGAGGGGCGCUGUGGGGGCUCUGGGCAGCAGCAGCAGCUUCAGAUAUGUGGCAAAGAGACCAGCUGUCCUGACGGGAACGUGCGUCUCCGUAUCGGAGUGCAGGCCAAACGCACCAAAAAGCCACCCAAGAUUCUGGAGAGCUACGUUUGCAAACCCACCAUCAGAACUUACCAGAGGCAGUCGGGCCGAGGAGGAGCGGUGCCCACCAGAACUGCCAUCGAUUCUGGCGACACGAGCAGGGAGAACCGCUCGGGCUCUGAUGGCAUCCAGACUGCCUUACAACAAACGGCAACUGCCACUUCGCCGUCAUUAUCAACACCACCAUCAUCAGCAACGCAGUCUUUAACACCAGCAAAUGCUACGAUUUCUACCAUAGUCUCAGCCAGCUCCAAUCCAGGGAUCAAGUCUGCCAAACAGGAUCCUCUCAAACUGGCCAGUAACACAGAGGUGACUUCUACUUGUUCUUCAGAGAGAGGAAAGAAAGAGAAGACCUCAGGCGUCCAUGAGCAGCCGCUCCCUGCAGUGGUCAAACCGUGCUCGCCCACCGCACACCAGGAAUCUAACUCCUCCAGGCCGUGCACCGAAACACUGCCGGAAAGGGAAAUCAACGAGAAACACAAUGGUGAGGUGCAAACCAAAAAACAGAAGGGUCUUUCAAACGGGAAAUGCUCUGAAGACAAACUUGGAGAUACUCUAUCAAUCAAAACUGCAAAGCACAGCAGCUCUGUUUUGUCUGUGGACGCCACACCUCCAAAUUCUUCUAAAACGGAGUUUUGCUUGGCGCAAAACAGUAACUCCCCCUCAGUUACCGCUAAAUCAAAAUCCUCCCCCACUCUGGAUAUGUCUACUACCCAAACACAAGUUACGGAAGCCUCACUUAAGCACUCAAAUGAAAAAAAAAGAGAUAAAGAGCGCAAGGUAAAGAAAGACAAACACAAAGAGAGAAUGGCAAAAGGAGAUAGCCUGGAAUCAAAGAGAUAUAAAAAGGAAGAGCUCAAAAAGAAGAAAAAAGACAAAGAAAAGGAUGGCAAAUUGCGACAGGGUAAAGACCAUAAAAGUAGUGAUGUACUGAAGACUGGAGAAAAGGUUGAGAAAAACAAGAUCAGCCAAGAGAAACACAGAAAAGAUGACACAAACUUAGAUGAUAUGGUUAAAUUAGAUAAACCAUAUAAAGUAGCAGACCAAGUGAGAUCAGUAGAGGGGGGCAUUAGAGAUAUCAAACAUGCAGAGUUACAAGCUGACAGCAGUAGGUCAAAAGAAAAUGACAUUGCCAAUCAUUCAGUAGUGGUGCCCAAGCAUUCAGCAUCAUCUUCUGCCUUGGCCCCUCCUUCAGUACUGUCUUCCUGCCACGAACAGGACAGCAGACCGCUCAAGAAACGGAAAGCUCGAAGGCCAAGUUGGACAAAGCUAGUGCACCGUGCUCAAAGGGUGGAAAACCAGGAAGGAGAUUCUCAACAGAGUUUGUUUCAGAAGUUGUCUACUCACUCGACUCCUCCCCGCUCACCGACCUCCUCCACAACCAAGCAAUCGUCCCCGAGACAGAGCCCCACCAUAUCUGAUCCUAAACCAGCUGUAUCCAAAAGCACCCCCAUCUCAGCCCGAACAAGGGGCCGUCCCAAAUCCCACAGCAUGAUCUUUAGUGAACCCCCUCUAAGACUUUCCCCUGAGGAGGUUGCGUUUCUGGAGUGUGACGGCGUUCUGAAUAGUCCAACGCUGGACUUGAGCCAGAAGAAGCGCGGUCGUCCUCGCAAACAACCCCUCGCAAGCAACCCCUUGCAAACAGACGUCACAGAUAAGAACAGAGAUCUUCCACCUCCUCCUGAAAAGGGAAACAGGCAGCUAAAAAUUAGGAGAUUGAUCAAUGAGAUGAAGAAAAGGAAGAAGAAGAGACUUAAUAAGAUAAUAAUGUCUGGAAAUGCGGGGAAGGAAAGCAAGAGUGUUAAAGGUAUCGAGAAUGCCCCAAUAACAUACAAGUUGACUGAACCUUCGACAGUGCCAACGCUCUCCGACUUAUCCUCCUCUUUUGGGACUAAGCUGGGCCCUCAAAUAAAUGUGAGCAAGAGAGGAACCAUCUACAUGGGCAAAAGACGAGGGCGCAAGCCCAAAUCCCAAACGGCUCGAAUGAAAUCCUACAGCUACACUCAGUCGUCUUUGUUUAGCCAGCCCACUGAAACAUCUCUCUUCAUGUCCAAUCACUCCCAGCCUCCUGCUGCCCACCCAUUUCCAUCACCGUCCCUCACUCACUCCAGUGGGGCCCAGAGCCCAUACAGUGAAGGAAGUGUCACAGAACCAACAUCCACGAUGCUUUUUCCUCCCCCUUUCUCCCUUCCAUCCCCGGCGUCUUCCUGCACUUCACCCCGUCCCCCGUCCUGUUCCUCCCUAUCUCCCUUUGUGAAGAAAAGUUGUCCAUGCCAGGGCAGGCACCACUUCCCUUUUCACCAGUCGUCAUGUAGGCUUUCCUCCCCCACAGCACCUCUGCAUCCCACACCUGGUUCCCCUGGCCACCAUAAAGAUGCCACCCCUUCACCCAGAAGUGAAUCGCACAGCGAAGAGACUUUGCCCAGUGACAGUGGGAUUGGAACAGAUAACAACAGUGUCUGUGAACGAGCGGAAACAAGGGGUGCUAGAGGCAUGCUCACAUUAGGUCAGGGGUCUGUUGGGUUUCUGGGGGGUACAAAACACAUCUCUCUUACAGACCCUCUUCUGACUAGACUUAAAACUCCAGUUGACAACUCAGUUUCUGUGGAGCGGCACCGGCAUAGGCACCGGCGGCGGGAUUACAGCCGUCCUUCUUCCUGUACUUGCCUUUGUCCCUGCCCUGGACAUAACAAGUGCACUCAUUCAGAUUACUUCCAUUGCCUUGGUCACAACACAUUGAAAAGACAGAAAACCAAACACAAAAAGAAACACCAGCAGCUGCUCAUGCAGGAUCCAGAGUUUCUGUCUGAACUGGAAGAACUCAUUGGACAAUUCAGUGAAGUCCACAUUGGUAGGCGAGGCUGGGCCAGAGCAGAGAUGGGCCAGGCUUUUGAAGGAGCAAGGCGCCAUCACUCCUCACAUUCUCACCGUUCGAACAUCUUCAGGAUCAAUCUGAAUGGCUUUUAUUCACCUCACCCGCCAUCUUAUGCAGCUAAUCCCUCUUUUUCCCCUCAGCCUUUCUACACAUGCCAGACAUUGCAUUGCAACAGAAAAACGGAACGGAGACAGUGUGGCUGCCCAUCAAAGUUCCAGGAGACUAUGGACAACAUGGGCUUCUAUAGCCCCUACACUCCAGCCACAACGCUCUACCACCAUCUUCCUGGAUCAUACCCACUUCCCACUACUCACCAGUAUGCCUCUCAACAGCCCCAUCAUGCCCACAUCCUCCUUAACCCCGCCAGGUUUCAUAGGCGGAGGAGUAGGCUGCUGAGAGAGGGAUCUCUUGGGGAGAUUGAAGGGAAUGGAGGCCUCAAUUUAGGUUACACAUCAAGCCUCCCAUGUGACUGGGGUCACAAGCAUAAACACAAACAGAGACACUGCGAACGCAACAUGGAAGGUAAGGGGGCAUUACAGGAGCAUAGAGAAAAGGAUGAUGUGGUGGUGAGAGAGGCGUUCUCCCCUUCAAAGUCUAGGUAUAUAUUGGGGCAAGGAGUAGGGCGAAAGAGCACAAGAGGAAUUGGGGGGGUAUUUUUCAAAGAGUCACCUUGGUUAUGUAAAAAUUCAAAUAAUUCCUUUUCUUCCACCACAUCUUCAUCUUUGGCAGAGAGAGCAAAACACGCAUCUCUUUUCUCCGUGGGGUUGGGUUCCUCCCACUUGUCUUCAUUUGGAGGGGGAUGGGGUGGCCUGGGACAAAGUUGGACCAAACUUCAGGGUAUGGGGUUGCCAAACUCCCACUGGGGAUCUUCUGUUAGAAGUUCAGGCCUACCGAUUCCCUCUGACCCAGAGGACGACGAGACAGAAGACAUUCAGCACUCCCACCUAAGUAGGACUCCUCCGUCCCCGACACACACCAACUUGUUCACGUCGGUUGGUGUGGCAACAGCAGGGAGGACCGGGUUGGCCAAUAGAAAUCCAGGAAGUGGAGACAGGUUAUUGAGGACAGAUGAGCCAGCUUGGUCACAGAGGAGAGAAUCAGCUUUACAAGGUGACCCAAGAAGCCGCGGGCAGCUCAAAGCUUUGCCAAAAACACACAGCACUGAUGAGAAAAACAAAAGAGGACCCGGUCGACCAAGGAAACGUCCUCUGCCGUCCACUUUGCCUCCUCCUGUAUCGUCACCUGACAUCCUGCGAGGAUUCGUUCGUAAUAACGGCGACGCCGGAGAGAGGAAAGCGGGUGAUGGAGCGGGUGUCUGCUUGGUGCAGCAGGUGACAGAUUCUGAGCCGCAGGCAAAAAGGAAGCGAGGACGGAAGAGAAAACAUGACGCUUCUCCCUGUCAUGACAGUGUCGCUGAGGAUGAGUCGGGGCGCUGCGACACGCCAGCCGAAUGUUUCGGCAAGUUGGCUGCCGAACAGCCUGCAUCCCAACCAGCAGCUGUCCAAAGAGACAGGAGCGAAGACGGUCCUCCCGGGAAGACCUUUUUGAGUGCUGGUCUUUACUCUGAUGAUUACAAAAUGACAGACCCCCCUUACCAGUCGCAGGUCUUCUCUAGAGGGAGCACAGAGGACAAACCGAGUGAACGGGAAUACAGCCUUUUACCACCACCCAUCCACGUUGGAAAGUACUUGAGAAUGAAGAGGAUUCAUUUCCAGUUACCCUAUGAUGUCAUGUGGCUUUGGCAGCACAAUCAGCUGCAGAGGCAACCUGCCUUCCCUCUGAAGAGGAAGCGACGCUACUGUCGACUGAAGGAGAGGACUUUUCCCUCUCAGCACCCAGCGGAGGAGAGCUCGAGUGACUUGGCCAGCCUCUUUCCUCACCUAGACAUGGAGCCUUUGAGCAGGGAUGAGCGGAACUUCGUGGUGAGCCAUCGCGUGUUCCUGGUAAGGAACUGGGACUUGGUGAGAGAGCGACAAAUCCGACUAAGGAUGGAGGGAAGGCGAGAGGGGGAUAGUGAGGCUGAAGAAAGGGACUGGCAUGUCGUAUGCGGGGACGGAGCCAGCACGGAUGAUAGCCACAUCAAGUCAGAUAUUCCAGUGGGGGUGGUGGAGGUGACAAUUUCCAGCAGUGACCCCCACCCGGGAAGUCACGACACCCCCGGCUCACUCGCUGCCAGCCCCCGCCCCACAGAGAGCCAGAACAGAGUUGAAGAAGAUGAGGAGGAGGAGGACGGCGAGCAAGGCAAAGUGGGAGAAUGCAGCAGAGAGCAGAGGAGAAAGCGGCUCAAUGAUUUACUUUUGACCCUACAGCAUUCAUAAGCUAACACACACAGAGGCAAGAGUAAAAGGGACCAGGCCUGUUGCAGGACCCAUAGACAGAUGCUGCUUUUGAAACGCAAAAUAAACAACACGCCAGAUCGGAGCGACGACGAGAAUUUCAAACCAUGAGCAAGACAUCACGGUGCGCACUGACAGCCGCUGAACCAAGCGCUCUGAAGGGCAUCACACCAAGGAUGAAACCAUGGCAACACAUCUUUUGUCCAGGAUGAAAGAGAGGGAAAAAAAACAGAGCGAGAAUGCGAGAGAGGGAGGAUCAACAGAAACAGACCAGCUGAAAUUAAUUUGCACUAGUGCCCGAGCACGUUAAAGACACUAAAGAAGUAUGUGUACGCCCCAUAAAAAAUAAACUUGAUUUGCUCCUUCUAGGGCACCUUAACGCAAACUGGGGAAGAGAACAUUCGUAUGCCCUUGGUGGUUUUGGACUACAGACUGGGACAAGGUCUCAAAUGAAGCUUCCAAAGUCACAUUGCACCUGAAGGAAAAGGGAGGAAGCGCACCAGCUUAAAAGCACUUGUUUGGCUUUUCUUCACUUUACAAACCAGUGAAUACGAAGACAAGGGAGA